AUGGCUCUCAGUCGCCCACAACCUUAUGAGGGUAUGCCUCUACCCACCUCCCAGAUGAGAUUGAGCACCAAUGAGGGGCAUCCGGAGUACGCAAUGGAGCAACAGCAAGUUCAUGGAUUCUAUGGCGGGCACUACGAGGUGCAAGGUGCUCAACACGGGGGAUACCAGGGCGUACAAAACGAUGGGGGCUGGACAGAGCGAGUCUUGGAUGAAAUGAAGGACAUGCUACUUCUCGUCACAUCCCAGGGCCGGAUCACCUAUGCAAACCUGUCGUGCAAGAAUAUCACGGGCCGUGUUGCAAAACAACUCGAAGGAAGUCUUCUGGCGCAGUACAUUCAUGAGAACGACCGGCCAAUCCUCCAGAGAGACAUGGACGAUUCGGUUGCCGCGAACCAAUCGUUCCGUACCCAUUUACGAUUCCAAAAGACCAACGGCACGUAUUGUCUCAUGGAGGCGUAUGGUCAUCCACAUAUUGCAAACCAGGAUGAGCGUCAGACAGGGAGAACCACAAUCGCGAAUGGGCGCUGCACGGGCUUUUUCCUCGUGUGCCGACCAUAUACCAGCAAGGUCUCGCAGCUCCUUGACUCCUUUUUGGAACACAAGAUUGAGAACGCACGUCUGAUCCAACAGAUCGCCAAAUUGAAGCAAGAUGAAGAUGAAGAGGGGACCGCGGCUCAGGUGCCCUAUUCUAGGAGCGACCAGGAUAUUCGCGGCCCCUUGGCCGAGAACCAGGGUCAACAAUCCGCUCCUUCAGGCGAAUUAUCUAGUGAUCCUGAUACUACGGAUACCGUGGAGCCGAACUCGGAUGAAUCCGACACGAGCCAAUCGACGGGCUAUUACCCAGAACCCAAUGCCCGCGAAGUUUACUCACACAUCGACGGCAUCGAAGUCAUGACCGGUCUUAACUAUGCAGAGGGAGAGAGAUCGCAAGGCCUCAGUACAGGUGUCAGCCGUGGCCGUCUUAUACAUUGCGAUAUCGACAUAACGACAGCUGCUGACCAAGAGCGCAACGCUCAGGAAUGUGACCGCCGCAAAAGGCCCAAGGCCCAGCAUGUGUGCAGCGACUGCGGAACGGCGGACUCGCCAGAAUGGAGAAAAGGGCCUAACGGGCCUAAGACCUUGUGCAAUGCUUGUGGCUUGCGCUGGUCUAAGAAGGAGAAGAAACGACAGGAGUCAGCCUAA